UAGAUUCUAAAAUACGAUUUGCACAACGGUCCGACAUCAAAGAUGGCGGGAGCCUCCGACCCACUGGAGGACAUGCUCUUCACUGAGGUGGACGAGAAGGCGGUUAGUGACCUAGUCGGCUCUCUGGAGUCGCAGCUAGGAGACAGAAAAGCUUCACCCGCCGCUUCUUAUUCCGGCGGGAAACCGGACGGAGCUCCACGUGCAGCAGCGGAUCAGUUCUCAGGGAAAGUGCUCGAGGUUCCGGUGGAUCCAGUGAGGUCCGUGGAGCCGCAACAAGGACGUCCGAGAGAGGGGUUAGACCAGGACUCAGGAGCUACAGAGCUGCUCUCCGGUAAAGUCCUCCUGCCCUCCUCUGGGUCCUCCCCGGUAACCUCCGGAGCGACUCCCCCUACUAUCUCCCCGGUACCGGGACCCGUAACUUUGACCACUCGGUCCUCCGCAACUGUGGGUUCGAGUCCCGCUACCGUCAUCGCUGUGGAUGCGAUCCGGACCGCUUCUCCCGGACUACAAACUUUGAACGGAUCGGUAAAGUUGGUGAACUCGGUCCCUGCAGCAGCAGCACCAGGGACCAGCACGGUGAUCAGCACCGUGAGCACCGGGGGCUCCACAAUCAUCGCCUCUCAGCCUCACUUCACUCAGACCACGUUAACGUCUCCCGCCGUCUCUCUGCAGAGACACCCGGGUCCGGUGAACGGAGUUGACCCCAAGGGCCCUCAGGUGGUGACCCACAGCGGCCCUCUGAUGCACACCACCACCACCACUACCAAGAUGUUGGUGCAGAGCCAGCCGGUCUCUGGGAGCUCCGUCAUCCUGACCGGGACCCCCCCUCCUGCAGCCCAGACCCCCAUGGUCCAGACCGGGACCAGUACGGCUGCAGUGACCCUGAAGCCGGUGGUCAACGGAGUGGGUCAGACCUCCGUGUCCGUGGUGAGGCCCCCGGGGGCCCCCGUGGUGACCACGUCCAUCCAGCAGCAGCAGAGACCUGGACUAGUGGCCCCCCGAGCUACUGCUUCUCAGCUGGCCGUCCGGCCUCAGCAGCAGACCACCAUCCAGCUGCCCCCUGGAUUCUCCAUGCCUCCAGGUGAGUAGACCUCCACCUGUAGAUGUUUCA